GGGAGCUGAUAGAAACUUAUUGGCUACAUGCAGGCGGACCGGGGGACUUGCUGCACGCUUGGCCAUGGCGCUGGAGGCCCGCUGGUGCUAUCGGGGGGACCCCCAGAAGGGGCAGAGCGCACCGCUCGUUCAGUUUACGAAUGGGAAACUUAAGAGUUGUGACGAUAUGAACUUCACCUUGUACAAGAGCCAAGAUACCAGUAAUCCCAGAAAGAAGCACAAAAGGAUUUUGAAUGCAGAGACCGACAGGCUUUCGUAUGUAGGAAAUAAUUUUGGCUCAGGAUCCCUGAAAUGCAACACUCUGUGCCGAUACUUUGUCGGGGUGCUUGACAAGGACUCUGGAGAAAUGGAAGUCUACAAUGCAGAGUUAUUCCACAUGCAGCCAUUGGUUUCAGAUGAUGCAGGAGAUGAAGACCUGUCAGAAUAUUUGAACAAAACCUACAGGGAGAAGGUGGAUCUGUGCAUCGAGGCCUUCGGGACCAGCAAGCAGAGGAGAGCUCUGAGCUCACGGAGGAUGAAUGAGGUCCGGAAGGAGGUGGUGAACCAGGCUGUGACUAAUGCUGCCGAAAACAUUAUCGAGACAAAGGGCAUGGCUGCCAUAGUCAGUGAUGCUACCGAAGAUGACAAAUCGGAAAUCUCCUUGGUCCUUCCUCCGUGCUAUGGAGAUGCCGAAAGGGUGGAAGAUGUCUACAAGUUUGAGGAGCUUCUUUCGCCUGCCGAAUACGAGGCUCUAAAAGGUCCAGCCGCAACUUUUGUGAACAUAACCUCAGAGGAAAUCCUGAAGCUGACCAAAGAGAAGAGCUACUGCUCCUUCGUGUUGGAUGAGCUGAAGUGCCUGCCCGUGGAUGAGAAGAAGCGUGACCACAAGGCCCGGUGCCUCUGGUUUCUUGACAGUCUUGUCAAGCUGAGCUCCCAAAGGGUGGUUAAGAAGAAACAAGCGAUGGGGCCUGACUGCCCACUUGACAUCAGCAACAAACUUGUGAAAAAUUUCACUGCACUCUCCUAUGGCAACGGCAGGAUUCAGAAUGUAGUUUCUGCAUCCAUGAAAGCGAAGAUAAUUGCGUACGUCAUAGCCCUGGCCUUGCAUAUCAACCACUUCCAAACGGACCUGACAGUCUUGCAAAAGGACCUGAAACUGCGGGAGAACAGGAUUCUUGAUAUUGCCAAGGCCAUGAGGCUAAAAAUCUCCAAGAGCAAAAGCCUGUCUGGAUGUGAGGACCACAAACUGGGGACGCUCUGCCUGCCCUUACCUGUCUACAAAAUGCCGGUGGGCCGGAGGAAACGCAAGAUGAAUUAAAUAUCCAUGGAGGCCCCUUGUUCAGAAUUGACGGCCUUCAUUGUAAUGGGCAGGAGAUGAUAGAAGAGCGGGUCGACCUUCCAAUUUUGUUCCUCUACCUCAGAAGCUGUUGGUUUUGUACCUCUGCCACUCACUCUUCACAGAUUACGCAGGCUAUUGCUGACUGUGGGGAAAGGACUGGGUGGACGUUUGCUCUUGUGGAAAGAGCAUACUGUUCAUGGUGCAGAUUAACAGCAGGGAACCUGCAUACACGUUCCUUGUGUUAUUAUGUUUAACUGCUGGUGGGGGCAGCUAGGGAGCUCGUGUAAAUGUUCAUUUUUGUUAUCUGUAAAAUAGAUUUGAAUAAAAAUGAUGUUC